AUGAUCAAGGCUGAGAGCAAAGGCGAGAGGACUUUGAGGAGCGCCUCUCCGCACAGAAAUGCCUACAAGUCGGACUUCCACGCCAUUAAGUGCUCUUUUGAUGGGUCUAAAUCCGACAGCUCCUCAAAGUCGUAUGCUAAUGGCUCCAGUGACCCACGGGAGGACACGAGGGGGCGAUCGUUUGGCAACAGGGUGAACAAGAUAAAGAACAUUUUCCUGCAGAUGGAUAGCCAGCAGCAGCAGCAGGAGAGUCAGGAGGUGAAGCCCACUCUAAAACCAGACACGUCCCAGGUCCCCUCGCUGCCAAAAUUCCCCAACAAAAGUAGCUUGAGCAGCCCCACUGGCCUGGAAGUGCCGAGCUCAGACAAGACCCCAAAGGGGGAGGAUGGCGAAAUAGACAAAGCAGCAUUGGCAGAGAAGUUCUCAGUGACCAGAAAACUCUUUGAGAGAGGGAUAAAGGAACAGCCUGCUGUAGAGAGGCCAGCUCCGGGCAGGGCCUCGGGCCGGGUGUCCCAGGGGAGUGUGUGUGAAGAGAGGAGAGCAGGCAGGAGACCUGGAGGGGCUACCGAAAAUAGCAACAACAUUAUUAAAACAGACCGUAGCCCUACAUCGCUGGAUAAGAGCAUGUCGGAGGAGAAGGAGGGUGAGGAAUCAAAACAGGUCAAUAGAUUACUAAAUGCAGGUCCCAUAUCCAGACGCCUGGAGAACUUCAUGGCAGAUAGUGACAAUGAAGAGAAAGUGUCACCUAAAACUCUAGAAAAGGUGUGUAGCCCUGCAGAAGGUUCAAUGCCCACAUCACCUGAAUGUGAUAGUACUCACAAACCAGCUUCAAAUUUUAGUGACCACUUACAAAAAACAACCUCACCAAAUACUGAUUACAAACCACUUCACUCACCUCUCAAACUAACCUCGCCUACCAGUGACUUUGCAUUCAAGUCUAGUUCGCCGGCCUUCCCGGCAUCCUACAAAUCCACCUCUCCCACAACUAAAAGCAAUGACGAGCCCCUUUCACCGACUGCCACAAGCCCAUUUAAGCGUUCCUCCACAUCAAGUGACGGUUUUACCAAAUCAUUCACAGGCAGUGAGGAAACUAAACCUGCCAGUCCUUCUCCUAAAGAUCAAAAACCUUCACCUUUUGUCAGCAGUUUUUACAACAAGGUCAAGAGCCCAGAGAUGGCAAAGAGUGACUCCGGUCUGGUGCGGACUCCAUCCAGGGACAAGCUACCUCCCCAGUCCCCACCGAGCUUGGAUCCUGCUGGAGCAGGAGUGGUUCGAGCUGAGCUUGUGGUGGUCCAGAAUGAGUCAUCAGAAAGUGAGGAUGAGGAUAAGUGUGUGGAUGGUAAUGUGUUUGAGGAGGUGAAGCUGAAAAAGAAGCUCAGUGCUGAAUCACUCAAGGAAGGCCUGACUGGAACACCUGCAAUUCCAUCACCCCAGGAAGAUCUAAAGAAGGUUGCAGAGCUCAAGCAACAGGAGGAAAACGUAUCUCAGGCACCAGAACAACAUACAGAGGAACAGAGAGAGGAGCCAAUAGAAAACGAGAGUAUCAGACUUUGUGAUGAGGAGGAGGAAGAGGAGGAGGAAGAAAGUGAACAAGAUCAGGAUGAAUCUCGAACAACAUCUCCAGUGUUUUAUAGUUUUGAGAAUGCAGCCUUUGUGGAUGAUAAGGAGACAGAACCCUUUCAGAGCAAGGAUGAGCAGAGGAAAAAGGAGGAUGAAGAAGAUGAAGAUGAUCAGUGCUAUGAGGAGUAUGAAGAAAUUGCUGGUCUUUCAGAAGAUGAAGAACGUUCACCGAGGAUGAAGAUCCACUUCUCUACAGCACCAAUACGGGUGUUCAGCACAUACUCAAAUGAGGACUAUGACCGGCGCAAUGACGAGGUGGACCCUGUGGCAGCAUCUGCAGAGUAUGAGCUGGAAAAGCGUGUGGAAAAGAUGGAUGUCUUUCCAGUGGAGAUGGAGAAAGGUGACAAUGGGCUGGGCAUCAGUAUAAUAGGGAUGGGAGUGGGGGCUGACCAGGGCCUGGAGAAACUCGGCAUCUUUGUGAAGACCAUUACAGAGGGGGGAGCAGCAGAGAGAGAUGGCAGGAUACAAGUCAAUGACCAGAUAGUAGAAGUAGAUGGCAUCAGUCUGGUGGGAGUGACCCAGCUCUUUGCUGCUACAGUCCUCAAGAACACAAAGGGAACUGUCCACUUCCUGAUAGGGCGGGAGAAGCCAGGGUCGCAGAGUGAGGUGGCGCGGCUAAUCAGUGAGACUUUGGAGCAGGAGAGGCAGCAGCAGAGGCUAGAGGAUCCGUAUGAACAGUCCACAGAAGAGGACGAGCACUACGAAGAGGAAGAAGGAGAGGAAGAGGGGAUUGUGAGCUCAAGUUUCGGUGGGAGGGUGAAGGAGGUGUAUGAUUUACCCGAGAACGAGGGAAUGUUCCUGCCAUCAAAUAUGGAUGCCGCACAGCUCAGCUUUAAAUUUAAAGAGCUCCAGAUAAAACACAGCUUAGCUGUCUCUGAAUUAGACCGGCUCAAAGAGAAGUUGAGGGACUCUGGUAAAGAGAGGACAGCAUGGGAGACACGGGAGGUGCAGCUAGAGAGGAGUAUAGAGGAGAAUGCUGAAAGAAUCACAUACAUGGAGAAGAACUGGCUGGAUGCUCAGGCACUCUGCAAAGCUAUCAAUGAGCAGCUAACUGACACUCAGAACCAAUAUGAGGCUCUAGAUAAGAAAUACAGCAAAGCCAAGAAACUCCUGAAGGACUACCAGCAGAAAGAGAUUGACUUUUCAAAAAGGGAGGAAGAUCUAAAGAAGACGUUGGAGGAAAGGGAGAGCUGGUACAACACUCAGCUUGAAGAUCUACAGCAGAGAGUAGCAGCAUUAGAGACCCAGACCAAGUCUCAGGACUUUACAGCAGAGAGCAGUAAUGAGGGACCUGGAGCUUCCGACAAUAAAUCUACAGACUCCCUUCUACCAGAAGCUGACUGGAGUGAUGUCCCUGAGACUGAGCGUUUAGACACCAGCGCACAUCGAGCCAAAGGCCAGCUAGCCCAAAAGGCCAAGAGGCCCCCUUCACGUAACAAACUGAGAGAGGCCUUCAGCUCCCCAUCGGAUCCUCCUCAGGUUGAAGAGUCUCAAAGUCCUGAGGUUCCGUGUCGCCGUAGGAAGUCUAUCCAAGAAAGCUUGUCUCUACCAGUCGCCGUAUCUCACCCAGCUAAUGGGCAGAGGGAAGAGCCUAGCAGCUCCAAAAAUAUAAUGGAGCGAACCUCUUCUCAUAGAGCUAGUGCAGACAGUACAGAGAGCUCCACCUUCUCACCACCCAAAGACUCCUCCCCCUCUGGAUUUCUCAGAAAUGUCAAGAAGAGAGAGUCUAAAGGAAAAUAUAAAGACAAUAAAGAGGAGUCAAGUGAUGGAGCAGGAAAAUCCAAAAGACGAUUCCCAGAUUUUGGUGGCCUUAGGAAGUCUGGCGGGAAAGGAAAGAAACAUGACAAAGAAGCCAUGAGAGCAUCACUUGACAGCAGAGGAUCAGCGGAAUUGCUUGAAGAGACAGGAAUAAACAUUUCUCCUUCAGAGUCCAUGGCAUCCAUCCCCACAUGUAUGCCUUUCUCUUGGUUCGGUGACAAGGAGAAGGAGAAAGAGAGAGAGCGAGAUCCCUCCUGUUCCUCCAGUAGUCUGCCCUAUGUUGCAGCAGAGCCUAGUGAACAGCAGGACCGUAAGAACAAGACAAACCUCUCCUGGUCCUCUUUGUUCAGUCGAUCUUUAGAUUUGAGCUGGUCAGUGCUAGAUGAUUCGAAUCCAGGCAGUCCCAGUUCAGAAUUAGCAGGGCUAGUGGCAGAGCCCAACCUGUCAGGCCGCGCACACACUCUAACCUUCUCUUCCAAUGAGAUGCUGGAUGAUGAGCCUUGCUCUGGAGGAAAAGAUUACCAGUGGCAGAACCGCCCAGUCUCUGAAUGGACAACUCAGCAGGUCUGUCACUGGCUGAUGGGCAUGAACAUGGACCAGUACACUCUGGAGUUCACUACAAAGGGCGUUGAUGGACAACAGCUGUUGAACCUGGACAGUGACAGACUCAAAGUGCUUGGGGUCUCUAGCCAAAGUGAUCGUGCCAUGAUUAAGAAGAAGCUGAAGGACAUGAAAAAAGCACAGGAGAAACUGGAGAAACAGCGUGAGAAACGUGAGAAAGAAGCAAGACGAAGCGGGAGAUUGUCAGGCAAUACUGAUUCUGUCUGCUGAGCCCAUUGUGUGCUCUCUUUAGGUCUCUUGCUUCUCUUUCCUCUCCCUCUCUCUCCUCUAAAGCCUUGACACACUAGUUUGUGGCAAGCAGGCAGCUGAUGGCUCCUUUUCAUUCUACAGCUACAUGCAGCACGCUCUUGGUAGGAAUUGUUAGCCAAUGUUAAUCAAUAAGGCACUCUGAUUAAUAUUCAGUGCUCACUAAUGUAAAUAAUGUGCAAAACCUCACAGAGCUAUAUGAAUUAGCUGCUCUUCUUAAUCCCGAUAGGUGUAGUGAGUGAAGCACAUUUUAAGAAUCUUGAAAUGUAAGACCUGCCAAGUCCUUUCAUAUCCUUCACCUUAGGCCUUAACACCAAAGGAAACACCAAUGUAUGCUGUGUCUCUUCAGUCUACUCCAUGUACACUUUCCCCAAAUGUCCACUGCCUUGCACAACCUAUUAAGAACAAAUGCUGGAAGAAAUUCCCUUUUACUAUUACUAGUGUACUAUUGUUGCAUGACGACAAGACUGAAACCCUUCUUUGGGCCAGAUGCAUUGGUUAGAGAAGUGUUUUAUUAGACAGCCAGCUGUGGAACCUCUAGCUGAGUGUGAUUUUAUUGGACUAACUUUAACAGACCAAAUUGAUUUUUAGUGUAUUUUAUGAGCACAACAAAGAAAAGCAUUUCUUGUGUUGAGGGGAAUAUGAUUUGACAGUUGGCUGUAACAUUGUCACACAAAUACCACUAAUGCGGUGGAAUGUGUAAUGCUUUGAAAACAUUUUAUAUCUUUAUUUUUUAAAAGGACGAGUGUUGCCUGUGGCCCUGUAUAGACCUUUUUGCUGGAACUUUGUACAGUCAUAGAGUGAGAGCACUAUAUUGUCUUUUAAGAGACAGAGGUUCAUCUGUUUUUUUUUUGUUUUUUUUUAAAUGUACAAAUAAAAUGUUUUAUACAUGUCUAUUAACUGCAUAUCUUUAAGGAAAAAAACAUUUGAUUUUAACUUUUGUACACUUUUCUACUGAGUAGAAUAGGUCAUGUUAGUCAUUUUGUGGAUUAUAAAAGGAAAAAAAUUGAAAAGGUGUUGCUGUAGCUUGUUCUUUUGACUGUGUUGGUUAUGCUGACUUCAUUUUGCUGGUUGACCACAUACUGCGAAUCUUAUACAGUGUCAGUGAUUUUGUACCAAACUAUGGACAGUUUCUAGUUAUACUGCAAGGUUCAGUUGUUUUCUUUUGUUUGAACAAGGGAGAGUGCAAUCAGGUUUGGUGUAGAACUAACAUUACCUGUUUUCAGUUUUGUCUGCAUUGCCUGUUCUCAUUUUGUUUGUUUUUAGUCAUCCUGAAUGUUAGCAAAGUCGUGACUAAAACCCUGUAAAUUUGUCUGCAAAGGGACGAUUGUGAUUGUUCAGCUACAGGGCUUUUGUCUUAUCAUGUGAGGUCCUGAUACCCAAUCAUUUCUCUGGUACAAGUGUAUAAGCUGCACCAAUAAAUUCAUUUUCACGUGGCUUUCUGACGUGCCAGCAUGUGAGUACUAUGAUGCUCUGAGUUGCCAGUUACACCUACCUUGUACCUACGCUCAUUGGCCAUUUUAUCAGAUACAUAUACCACACAGUCUCCCAUGUAAAUAUUGGAACAGCAAGGCAGAUGCUUUUGCAUUGCACUAAAGACAAAAGAUGAAUGAGAUGAUGGAUCAGAAUUUCAGAUUUUAUUUCCUGAUAUUUACAUCUGGAUGUGUUGAACUACUUACAACAAGGUGCCUUUGGUGGCAGACCACCCAUUUUUAGAGCGAAUGUAUAAGAACAAAUAGUUAUAAGCUAAAAUAAAGUAAAUAAGACAAUGUUUGGUUUCAUAUCCCUUGCUUGAAAUAACUGCAGUGUUCUACAAAUACUGGAUUCUGAUACCUUCACCGCUGCCCUGUGGCAGUUGUUGAUGUCACUGACUGUUCGGAGGUUUUUCUUCACAGCUCUCAAUGUUUAUCAACUGUGGUUGUUUUCCUUGGCCAACCUGUUUGAUGUCUGAUUGAUGGAAACAAUUGGCGUGCUUUCUUUUUCAAGACAUUCCAGAACUGUUGUACUGGCUAUGCCCAUUGCUUGUGAAAAUGCUCUGACAGAUUUUCCCUCUUUUCUCAGCUUGAAAAUGGACAAUCUUUCUCCCAUAUACAGCUCUCCAGCCUUCAUGCUGGUUUAUACUAACAACAAAUGCAGUCUUCACAGGCAAAACCAAUGACUCAAACCAAGAGUGGACAUUCUGAGCUGUUAAUGGUUUGGACGGUUAAUCUCGCAGGCUCACCAGGGCAACAAGAAACACCUGCCAUUUACAUGUUCUGGUGUUUUUGCCCUCUUGAAAAAAGGAUGAGCUCCAAAAAAGAUGCCAAGUUUUAAGUUGUUUAACACAUCUAGAUGUGAUGGAUUUUAUUUCCUUAUAUUUACAUUUUCAUACUUUGAUCUUGAAGUGUUUUCAGUGUACAGCAAGAACAAAAGAACUGGCUUUGCUAUGCUAACGUUUUUGGAAGAGACUAAGUACACUUUGUAGGUAUGUAAUUACUGACCAUAGCCAUCUGCUGGUGUUAAAUUUGUUAGCUUAUGGUGUCAGCAGGGAUGCCAACAUGGUUUGUAUUGAGGUGACAGUCUGUUCUCAGCUGAGCAGUGACGAUGUGUUUAAAAACGCUGACAAAUUAUGCAUAAUAAUAGAUGGACUCUAUUCAAUAACGGUAUACCUGCAACACCAUUACUUUUUGUAAUUAACUAGGUAUGUGCAUGAGCUGCAACUAAUAUUUUUAUCUAUGCUUGUAGUUACGCUUUGUCAGUUACCUGUAAAGUGAAAGACAUGAUUAUUGACCAUUUGGGUUACUCUCCACACCCUUUACUUUGCUGGGACAUCAGAAUGGGUAUCAAACAACUAUACACUUGAUCUGUUCCAUAAUUUAAGUUUUACAUUUAAUAUAAAUAAUCAUGGUGAAUAGAAGCAUAGCUUACACUCUCAUGCAUGCUGUCAAGUUAAAAGGUUUUAUAUACAAAGCAGCAGGAUAGCAUGACCCUGGCUAUACGAAGCAUUGGAGAGUUAAAAACAUCCCUUUCAACAAUGUACAUGACCAUUUUCAUUACACACUCAGCUCCCAAA